GGGAUCGCCUAGCGACAUGAUAUUUUCGAGUGCAUAUGCCGACCAACCCGUUCACAUAUUAUCCGCUCACGGCUGCACCGUUUGUGAAACCUGAAGCGUCUCGCGCUGCGUUAUGAUUUCCGCGUGUGCACCUUUUCGGACGCCCCGCGCGGUUCUUGAAACAUCUUGUAACAAUUCGCGACGAUACACGACAGAAGGACGAGUGUGAACUGCAGCGAUGCAGUUCAGACAAAGGGUAGUUCCUAACGAUCGUUCGAAGAGUCGAAACAUGCUCUCACUGUACUCCAGUUUUGUAAUUAUACUCUGUAUCAUAUACCGAUUCCAAUAAAUUAUACUUGUAGAUAACAUCCUACAUAUUUUUGGGGGCUCGUCCAGGAUCGGAUCAAAUCAUGGUAUAGAGUGUGAUAUCAGAUAUACGAAGAAGUGCGUUCAAGUGCAGAGUUCAAGUGCAACGUAAGAAGUUUUAAGACAUAAAGUUGUGAAGACGUAAAUAACGAUGGAAUCAGGCACUGGCGCAGCAAACGACGAUUUGAGUACAACGUUGAUGAGCAUGACGACGAUCCAACUAAAACAGGAACUCAAGAAACGAAAACUAAAGACGGCUGGACUGAAAAGCGAGCUUAUCGCAAGACUGUUGCCGUUUAUGCAACUCGAACGCGAACACGGUGAAACAGAGCAUGACGACGAUAAUCCAGGUAAAGACGACGACGAAGACACACGCAGACAAGAACACGACGGCGGAAAUAAUACUAGUGACUCAAGUGAUGAAGAUGAGGCACCAAUCGAAAGAAGAUUUAAGAAAGAAACCCGAAGAAACCAAUUAUUGACGUUCAGAGAUGUUGAAGAAUCCCUGGAAACAUUCAGCGGAGAUGACAGAACCAACGUGAAAAGAUGGAUCAAAGAUUUUAAAGAAAUGGCGGUAUUGUGCGAGUGGUCCGACAUCCAGAAGGUAGCAUACGCGAAGCGCCUUCUUCGCGGUUCAGCGAAGCUAUUCGUAAAUUAUGAAAAGUGUACGAAGACGUGGAAAAAAUUACGGCGAGCAUUAAUAGAAGAAUUUGCCAACAUUGUAAAUGGUCACGCAGUGCAUCAGGAGUUAUCACGACGAAAGAAGACAUCCGACGAGUCAUACCAAGCGUACAUAUACAAAAUGCUCGAGAUCGCAGCACAAGCUGAUGUGGAUACGCAAUCGGUAAUCCAAUACAUUAUCGAGGGUAUCCAAGACGACGCAGUUAAUAAGACAGUAUUACAUGGAGCAAAAACGAUACGCGAAUUGAAGGAAAGAUUCACUCGAUACGAAGCUAUAAAAAUGGAGGGAAAAUCAAAGAUGAGGCAGUCGAAACUGGAGGAGAAGAAGAAGAUGAUCCGAGGCGACGCGGGUCCGAUGGAGGCGAAGAGAUGUUUCAACUGCGACAGUAAGGACCAUCUGGGUAAAGCGUGCCCGACGAAAGACAGAGGUGUCAAGUGUUUCAAGUGCAAUCAAUAUGGACACAUCGCUAAAUUGUGUAAAGUAGCCGUAAGUACACAGAAGGAAACCGCAUGUAUAGCCAUUAAGGAUCCGCAGCAGAAACAGAUCAAAGAAAUAAGAAUUUCAAAUCAAUGUUUCGUUGUUCAGCGUUAUAGACACCGCUAGCGAUUUAAGUUUGAUUAAUCGAGAUUGUUACAAGAAGUUAGGUUGUCCCGAAUUAAAUAAUGGCAUAAAUUUUAACGGCUUAGGCGCGAUAAAUAAUAGCACGCGCGAUUCCUUCACAACAAAUAUUGUUAUUGAUGGCGAGACAUUUGAAAUUACGUUUCAUAUUGUCGAUAAUGAAAUAAUGAGAUAUACGGUCUUGAUCGGUGCUGACUUUUUGAAUUUGGUUGACUUACGUUCGUUAAAGGGCAAAGUAAUAAUUCGAAAAGCUAUCGAAGAUAAUUUAGAUGUGCCCGAGGUAUUGAAGAUCGACGUAAUCGAAAAAGUAGACCCGUUUGAUUUUUCACGUAUUCUCGACGAAAACGCUCGACGAGAAGUAGAGAUUAUCGCCAAGAAUUAUAAUCCGAGAAAAACACGUGAAGUCGAUACUAAAAUGGUACUAGUUUUAAAAGAUGAAAUCCCGAUUUAUCAAAGACCGCGCAGACUAUCUCAGCCGGAAAAACGAGAAGUCGAUAAGCAAUUAAAAGAAUGGUUAGAUGACGGUAUAAUAAGACCCUCUAAUUCCGAUUACGCAAGUCCUGUCGUUCUAGUUAAAAAGAAAAACGGCCAGAAUCUGUGUAGAUUUUAGGAAGCUAAACCAGAAAAUAAUAAAAGAUCGCUAUCCGUUGCCACUAAUUGAAGAUCAAUUAGAUCGUUUACAAGGCGCGAAAAUUUUCAGCACGCUCGAUCUGAAAAACGGUUUUUUCCAUGUCGAAGUAGCUGAAGAAAGUAGGAAGUACACUUCUUUCGUUGUUCCAACAGGCCAGUACGAAUUUAUGCAGAUGCCUUUCGGACUUUGUAAUUCUCCCGCGGUAUUCCAAAAAUUUAUAAACGCUGUAUUUAAAGAUCUGAUUUUUAAGGGAACAGUAUUAACUUAUAUGGACGAUUUGAUUAUUCCUUCGCAAAGUCGAACAAGCAAUUGACGAUCUAAAGCACGUGAUAAAGGUAGCAAGUCAAGCCGGUUUGCAUAUCAACUGGCGAAAGUGUCAAUUUAUCCAAACGAAAAUUGAAUAUUUAGGACAUGUUGUGAUUAACGGAACCGUAGCACCGUCGGAAUGUAAAACUAACGCCGUUAUGAGAUUUCCGACUCCUAAAUGUGUCAGGGAUGUACAAAGUUUUGUCGGCCUUACGAGUUAUUUCCGAAAAUUUAUUUCCCGAUAUUCCAUGAUAGCACGACCGUUGAAAUGAUGUAGAUUUUCGAUACGGAAAAGACGAAGAGCAGGCAUUUCUAAGUUUAAAAUUCGCGCUGAGCAAUAAGCCCGUUUUAAAAUUAUAUAAAGUCGGAACUGAAACGGAGUUACAUACAGACGCUUCAAAAUUCGGUUACGGUGCAAUUUUAUUGCAGAAGGAUGAUUCGGAUAACACUAUGCAUCCAGUUUAUUACGCAAGCGGCAAAACCACCUCAGCCGAAGAGAAAUAUACUAGCUAUGAGCUCGAAGUACUUGCAGUCGUUAAAGCGUUGAAAAAAUUCCAAGUAUAUCUAUUAGGUAUUUGCUUCAAAAUCAUUACUGACUGUAAGGCGUUUACUCUAACAAUGAAUAAAAAAGAUUUAUGCGUUCGUGUAGCUCGGUGGGCUCUAGCCUUAGAAGAAUAUGAUUACGAAAUUCAACAUAGACCAGGUACACUGUAAAAAA